AGCAGGGGGCGGAGUCUAAACUCCACAGUGGAGAAAGUCAAUGGGGAGGGAGUUGGCAGUGUGUCAAUAGUCUGAGCCUAACAACGAUGCAGAACUGACGCACCUUAACUCGCCAGAGUCAGGACUUUACAGCCAGAGGGAGUUAGCUGUAUGCUAUAGGGAUGUAAACCAUCAGCGCUGUACGUGAGUGGUGGCACGGACGAACCGCAGUGGACUGAAGCCUCUCAGCCGGGAUCUGUUCUGAGGAGGUGGUGAGAUGGAGCCUGUGUGCCGAGGGAUCUGAAAGGCCCAGAUUCAAGUCACUCCUCUCUAUAACAGCCAGGGCAUGGGCACAGCCUCUGGGCAGGAGCCCCAGAAAGACAUGGAGGGCUAUUACAACCUUUUGCAGGCAGGCUCUGAGCUUGAGAGCACACUGCAACAGGUUACAGUCCCUGUGAGUAUGCAGGAGGUGGCUGGCUACAUUGAAAAACAAGUGGCCUAUUUAUCAGGGGGUCGUGGUGAGGAUUCUAGUGUCAUCAUCACUCUCCCAGAAUGCUCUGCUUUCAGUGACAUUCCUGAAGAAGCUUUGGCCAAAGUACUCUCAUACCUCACAUUGAUCCCAAGAGCCCGGCAACCUGGUGUCAAAUUUAUCAUCGUUUUAGACCGAAGAUUGGAUACUUGGAGCUCGAUCAAAACAGCACUUGCUAGAAUUGCGGCCUCAUUCCCUGGAAACCUGCAUCUGGUCUUGGUGCUGAGGCCAACCAGUUUCUUCCAGCGUACCGUCACCGAUCUCGGCUUCCGCUUUAGUCAGGAGGACUUCAUGCUUAAAAUGCCCGUGGUGAUGCUCAGCUCUGUCACAGAUCUCCUGCGUUACAUUGAUGAAAACCAACUGACCUCAGAGUUUGGAGGAACUCUGGACUACUGCCACAGCAACUGGAUUGUCUUGAGAACAGCUAUUGAGAGUUUUGCUGUUAUGGUUAAGGACAUCGCUCAGAUGCUGCAGGCCUUUGGCACAGAGCUGGCUGAAAGCCAGUUAUCGGAAGAGUGCAAUGCUAUUGAGCUCCUACUGCUGUCUCACACUGAGAAAUACAGGAGACUUAAGGACGCCAUCAGAUCAGUGAUGAGGGAAGGCCGACAGCUGCUCUCUAACCUUGAGACUUCAAGGAAAGAAGGGAACUCGGACACAAAUUGGGAUAUAACCCAAGACUGGGAUACCAUGCAGAGGCUGCUGGCUCAGCUUUCUGACAUGGAGAUGGCGUUUGAUGGCUUCUUUGACAAACACCACCUCAAGCUACAGCAAUAUUUACAACUGCUGAGAUACGAGCACAGCUUUCAGGAGAUGGAAAGCUCUUUAGAGAAGUUACGAGCUCAGGAGAGGAAGGUGAACGUUACAGGAGAAUCCUUGUUCCAGAUGGAGCAGGCGGCCAGAGAGCUGGACAGCCUGGAGAGACGUGCGCAGGAGGAGAUGAGCCGGGCUCAGGUUAUUAUCCUGCAUGGCCAUCAGCUGGCUGCCGGGCAUCACUACGCCAUGGCUCUGAUCAUCCAGCGCUGUAAUGAACUGAGACAUCAGUGUGACAACCUGACCUCUGCCCUCAGUACUAAAUGCAACACACUUGCUCAAACACAGACUUUACUGCGACGCCUUGAAGAGGCUCAGCGCUGGUGUGAUGAUGGUGCGUAUCUCUUGGCCAACCAGCAGGUGGAUAAAUUCCAGUCCAAAGAAGGUGCACAAGCUGCUCUUCGAGAUAUAGAGAAGUUCCAGGAGGGGGCGCCACCUCUCCUCAUUGCAGGCUCUGAUGUGCUCUAUCUGGAGUUUGAGUCGGUUCUGACUACUUAUCUACUGGCUCAUAUAGAGAAGACAUUUGAAAAGCAUAGUUCUGUGCAGGCUUUGAUUCAAUGCAGACAGAAGAGCCUGAGGAAGAUGGCGGACAAACUUGUACGGCCAGUCCAACUGGUGACCCCUCGGCCAGAGAACCCACCGCGCUCGAAAUCUCCCCUCUUCUCCCCAAAGCAUGAUUUUAAUUCCGGUUUAAAGUUCACCUUUGAUCUCCCACUGCCAGGCAAAAAAACUUCAAGAAAAUGCCCAAACUCCAGGAAGAUUGAGGUGAUUCACGACUAUCAGACCCCCAACUCUCCCCCCUACUGUAUAGAUGGAGAGGAGGGCACCGAACUAUUGAAGCGGCAUGUAAUGAAUGAGCUGAUAGAGACAGAGAGGAUCUAUGUGGAAGAGCUGCUGGCAGUUCUCCUGGGCUACAGGGCUGAGAUGGACAAUCCGACACUUGCUUUGCUUCUGCCAACAAAUCUUCGCAACAAAAGAGACGUGCUGUUCGGAAACCUGCCUGAUAUCUACAACUUCCACAGCAGUGUCUUCCUACAAGAUUUGGAAAGCUGUCUGGAGACCCCGGAGGCAGUAGGGGCAUGUUUUCUGGAGCAGAAAGAGCAUUUCCAUUUGUAUGAAUGUUACUGUCAGAACAAGUCUCGGUCUGAUGCCUUAUGGAGACAGUUCUCCGACUGUCCAUUCUUCCAGGAAUGCCAGAAGAAGCUGGAACACAAACUGGGUCUUGACUCAUACCUGCUGAAACCAGUCCAGCGUCUUACAAAGUACCAGCUGCUACUAAAGGAGCUCUUGAAGUACAGCUCAGGCUGUGAGAGGAUUUCUGAGCUGCAGGGGGCGCUAGCAGCCAUGCUGGACCUGCUUAAAUCAGUCAAUGAUUCAAUGCACCAGAUUGCCAUCACUGGAUAUGAGGGAGAUCUUGGUGAUCUGGGCCGUGUGUUAAUGCAGGGCUCUUUCAGUGUAUGGAUCGGUCAUAAGAAGGGUCCGACGCGCGUGAAGGAGUUGGCCCGCUUCAAGCCCAUGCAGCGACAUUUAUUCCUGCAUGAGCAUGCGCUCCUGUUCUGCAAGCGCCGGGAGGAGCACGGAGAAAAUGCUGACAAGACUUCCUCCUACAGCUUCAAGCACUGUCUCAAGAUGAGUGCAGUUGGCAUUACGGAAAAUGUCAAAGGAGACGUGAAGAAGUUUGAGAUCUGGUACAGUGGUAGAGAAGAGGUCUAUGUGAUACAGGCACCCACGGUGGAGGUAAAGAUUACCUGGCUGAACGAGAUCAGAAGGAUCCUGACCAACCAGCAGAAACAACUCAAAGAGGAGUUGUGUCAUUCCGCUGCAGUCUCAGAGCAGAUGCAGCUAUCUCCGCCCCAUUCACUGAGCAAGCAGCCCAGAGCGUCAGUCAGCUCGGAGGGGAGUGAGUCGGGUCAGAGCAGUCCAGACCCGCUCAGUUGCUCCAACAAGCUCCAGCCCAACAGACGCAGCUGGCCGGGUGCACCCUAUUCUGUAGAUAUCUGUGAAGGUCUGGAGGACUGGAGUGGAGCAAAUGGCCUCUCUAAUCCAUCUGACACCGAGGAGGAAGACGCUGCCCGUCUGGUACCAGGCAGAUACAGAGCUUUCGUCAAUUGGCGGAAAAACGGGUCGGAUCAUUUGAUCAUUAAAUGUGGUGAUGUCAUACAACUGCAACAUGUGGAGAUCGAUGGCCAGUGGCUGGUAAAGAAUCUGAGUCGUAGACAGGAAGGCAGAAUUCCUUCUGCCAACCUUCAAGGCAUCCUGGGAGAUGGCAUCAAAAAUCACUCCAGCAGGCUAGUAGACCCAGGGAAUCAAAAAACACGGAAGCUCAGCUCACCAUAAAGGACUUAUUCAGCGCUGUCUUGAACCUUCGCAUACACACAUUAACUCUAGUGAAUCAGAUUGUAUGUGACUACAUCAUUGUGAACUUCAUGGAUUCAGAUCUGAACGGCUGGAUGAUAUUCAGAAUAUUUCAAUGUUCUUUCAGUAUACUGGAUCCUCAUGGACAGGUGCAUCAAAAUGCAUCACAGCUGUUUUUUAUAUUUCCAAUCAUAAAUGUGAGGAUGGUCCGCUCCAUCCAGAAUUCCUAGAGAGCGCUCUUAAAGAUCUUUCCUCUGCCUGAACACUUCAGUCCUCCUGACUUCUUUGGGAAUGUCCCUGUAGACUUAUCAAUUGUUUUUUAAGGCCCGAAUCACCGCUGCUGUGUUGACAGUGAACUCUUAUGGGCCUAUGGAGCAUCUUGUUUGUAAAAACUUGAAUUUUUUACAUUUAUUUGUUAUGUUAUGUAUCAUGUAUUGUUAUUGUUGACAUAUUUAUAACAGAAAAAGCUCUCCCUGUGAGCUUCAAUGCCAAACCGUGUAGUGCCAUAAUGUCUCCUAUUCCUAGUGAUUUCAUGCAGGUUUUGCUCAACAGCAUUUGUGCACUAGCUUCUAUUACCUCAAAAAUAUUCUUUAUAAGCACUUUAUCCAGGGCACAUGAAUUUACUUUGUGGCCUUUUGCAUCUCUCUACAGCUUUAAACCAGAUGAAUUUUGCAUGCAGGCAAAUCGUAUCUCUUUUCAGUAACUUCUGCAAAACUUCAGUUGGGCACUUGACAUGCAGAAUCUUCUCUGCCAGCUCAAUGGCCCGUGGGCUAAGAAUGUGAAUGUUGACUUUGGGGCCACAAAUGGAAAUGAGCACUUACAAAAAUCAUUUUUUAAGGUGGAGAUGUGUGUUUCCGGCAAAGUAUGACUGCAAAAUCACAGCAGUUUUUUAUUACGAGAGCUGAUCAUACAGAAAACAUUAAAUCUAGCCAGUGUUUUGAAUGCUUAAUGAAAAAUUGAUUGCAGCCUUAUAUAAAUUUAUUACUUAAAAUCAGGCUCCCGGUUGGAAGCCUGACUUUGAUAUGCCAGCGUUUGAAGUGAAAAUGAGCUGCGAGAAGCAGCAGGAAACGCUCUGGUGUCCAUAUCUCUUAUGCUAUUCAUUUAUUCAUUUAUUUAUUUUGCUAUCAAGUUGUUCCCUUCAUGGAGCCACCUAUGCCCCAAAAUCAUGACUUUGAAUGAAAAGUAUACCACAACUUGUUCUUGAACCAUCCAUACAUACUGUCAGAUGCAUGUUUGUACUUAUUCAUGUUAAUAUGUCUAAGAGCAUUUAUUUAUUGCUUUUGGUAGAGGUCUGGCUUUUAAAUGAUUCUUUUUGAGAGAAUGUCCUGUACAGUAUUGUAACAAUAUUCAAUGUCUGAAUUUGUACAGCCUGUUGAAAUUGAAAGAAUACAUUUUUAUUAAAAUACUUUAAUAGUAAUAAUAGCUUAA